AUGGAGGGGCAGCAGCAGCAGCAACAACAGCCCCCAACCGGCGUCUCUGGCCCGACCGGUCGGAGACUCCACAUUGCCCAUCGCCGGAGUCCCUCUGAGAUGACCCCGUUGGUGAGCAUGUUCACCGGCAACCCUGGAAUGGAGCAAAUGGCUAUCCAGCAGCAGAUAGAGCUGCUGCAGCAGCAACACCAGCAGAUCCAAGCCCAGCAACAAUACCUCAACAUGGGCAUGAUGCCACCGGGCCAGGCCAUACCUGGGUUCAACCCAGUCCAAGGCAUGCCUAACAUGUCGCCCCAAGCCGGCUUCCAGUUUCCCAACCAGCUACCGCAGCAGAACAUGUCGAUGGGUACCCCUACUCAACCCUUGUCACAUCGCCGUAAUCAGUCGGCUCUGCCCAACAUGAGCAUGGGCCCACCGCCUGCUCCUUCGUCAGGAGCUUCGGGAUCUGCCUUCGGUAACUUUGAACUGCCACAGCAACCACAAGGUCGGGAAAACGCCGGUGCUUCACGUGGAGGCCGUGGAGGCGGAGCCGGCGCCGCCCCCAGUGGUCACCAGAGGCGGCACUCCUUGGCUCUCGCCGACGCGAAGAAAGCUGCUGAGCUCGCUCAGCAGAAGCGCACAACCUCCAGCUUCUCCUUCCCCGCAGCACCCGCUCCCGAGGAUGAAGCAAAGCCCGCAACGCAGGGUUCUGCCGAUGCCCAGCCUUUCCAGCCCGCCCCGUCCAGAGGCGGGCGUGGCGGUGGCCACGGCAGGAGCCAGAGUAUGGCCGCAGGCGCCAACGGUCGCGGAGGCGCCACUGCCCGCGGAGGCUCCCAAGCUGCUUCCGAUGCUGGCCAGAACAACGAUUUCGGGCGUCGUGGAUCCGCCCACAACCGGUCGUCUUCCCGGAACUUUGAUUCGAAUUGGCGCACCCCACAGGCUCAGAACCAAGACCAGGCUGGCCAGAACCAGGGCAAUUUCCAGCCUGGCCACCGGUCCCGUGGCUCCAUCAGUCAAUCUGUGAACAACAUCGGCGCCUUCCAGUAUCCCGGUCAGCCCCAGCUGAUGCAGGUGCCUGGUCAGAUGAUGAUGCCUCAGAUGUAUCCCGGACAACAGCUUAACGCCCUUCAGCUGGGUCAGCUUCAGGCACUCCAAGCCGCUCAGAUGAGCGGGCAGAACUUUGUUGGCUUGCAGGGUAGCCAACAUGCGCCUCAACUCUCUCAACAGCCCCAACAGCAACAGAGGAAGACACUCUUUACUCCUUACCUCCCGCAAGCCACGCUUCCCGCUCUGUUAGGAGAGGGUCAGCUGGUUUCCGGCGUCCUGCGCGUUAACAAGAAGAACCGUAGCGAUGCUUACGUGUCCACUCAGGACGGCCUUCUCGAUGCCGAUAUCUUCAUUUGCGGCAGCAAAGAUCGCAACCGUGCACUUGAAGGCGAUCUGGUUGCGGUUGAGCUGCUCGAUGUUGAUGAGGUGUGGUCGCAGAAGCGCGAGAAGGAGGAGAAGAAGAAGCGCAAGGAUAUCACUGAUACUCGAUCAGGCUCCACAAAUGGUGGUGGCCAGAGCAAUCAGAAUGGCGAUGAUAACAACGCCAACGACGGUGGUAUCAGGAGACGCGGCAGCUUGAGGCAGCGUCCCACACAAAAGAAAAACGACGAUGUUGAGGUCGAAGGCCAGAGUCUGCUCCUCGUCGAGGAAGAGGAGAUCAACGACGAGCAGAAGCCGCUGUAUGCUGGACACAUUGUUGCAGUCAUUGAGCGUGUCGCUGGACAGAUGUUCUCGGGCAACCUCGGCCUGCUCCGCCCUAGCAGUCAGGCCACAAAGGAGAAGCAAGAGGCUGAACGAGCUGCCAGGGAUGGCAGCCGCCACCAGGACAACCGUCAGCAGGAGAAGCCCAAGAUCGUCUGGUUCAAACCGACGGACAAGCGAGUACCUCUCAUUGCUAUCCCGACAGAACAAGCCCCGCGAGACUUCGUUGAGAAGCACCAGGACUAUGCUGACCGCAUUUUCGUUGCGUGCAUCAAGCGUUGGCCCAUUACUUCCCUGCAUCCAUUCGGCACCCUCGUCGAGCAGCUUGGCAAGAUGGGUGACCUAAAGGUUGAGACAGACGCGCUCCUGCGCGACAACAACUUCGCCUCGGAUGAAUUCUCGGAGGCAGUCCUUCGCAGUGUUGGCCUUCAGGACUGGUCGCUCGCUAAAGAAGACGAGGCUGCCAUUGCAGCACGCCGCGACUUCCGCGACGACAAGACAUUCACUUUGGACAUGGACGGAUCCGCUGAACUCAGCAACGCCGUCCACGUCAAGACUCUCCCUGAUGGAAAGAUCGAGAUUGGCAUUCACGUUCCCGACGUCACUCAUUUCGUUAAGCCAAACUCACUCGUGGACCGUGAGGCUAAGAAGAGAGGCACGGCCGUGCACCUGGUCAACAGGACAUGCGCGAUGCUCCCGCCCAAGCUGUUCUCCGAGCUCUGCUCGCUGACGCCCGGCGAGGAGCGCUUGGCUGUCAGUGUUGUAUUUUCUGUCAAUCCACACACGGGCGCGGUAGCCGAAGGCGAUACUUGGAUUGGCAAGAGUAUCAUCAAGGCUACCGGCAGAGUCGCUCUUUCUGAAAUCGACAAGGCCCUCUCGGGAGAGACCGAGUUCAGCCACCCUGCCGUUGAACUCAGGGAGAUGCAAAUCCUCUACGGUGUUGCCCAGAAAUUCCAAGAGUCCCGCCUGGGUGCUGGCGGUGAGCCCAUCGCACCUCUUCGCUUGCUCCACCAGGUUGACGAUGAGAAUAUCCCUAUCAAGGACAACAUUUUUGAAUCGUCGCCGGCCAUGGAGCUGGUGGAAGAGCUCAUGCACAAGGCGAAUGCGUACGUUGCGCAACGUCUUGCUGAAGGCCUUCCUGAAAAAGCACUGCUCCGCAGACAAGGUGCUCCAAACCCUCGCAGACUCCAGACGUUUGUUGACCGCAUGACGGCCCUGGGUUAUGAGUUUGAUAGCUUGAGCAGUGGUGCUCUGCAAAACAGCCUCUUUAAGGUUGAUGACAGCGAUGUGAGGAAGGGCAUGGAAACUCUACUGCUCAAAUCCAUGCAGCGUGCCAAGUACUUCAUCGCUGGCAAGACCGCUAAGCAGCUGUGGCCCCACUAUGCUCUGAACCUUCCGCUCUACACUCACUUCACGAGCCCUACCCGCCGCUAUGCCGACAUUCUGGUCCAUCGGCAGCUCGAGGCCGUGCUGUCCGAGGGCAGCAUCGAGUAUAGCGAGGAUCUGGAGAACCUUGUGAAGACCAUCGAGAGCUGCAACACAAAGAAAGACUCUGCUCAGAACGCUCAAGAGCAAAGCAUUCACAUCGAGUCCUGCCGUACCAUGGACAAGAAGCGACAGGAAGUUAAUGGCGACCUCAUUAGCGAAGGUAUCGUACUUUGUGUGUACGAAUCCGCAUUCGACGUUCUCAUUCCCGAAUGGGGCUUCGAGAAGCGAGUGCACUGUGACCAGCUGCCUCUCAAGAAGGCUGAGUUCAGGAAGGAAAAGAGGGUCCUGGAGCUCUACUGGGAGAAGGGUGUGCCUAGCUCUGCUUACGUGCCCGAGGAUGAACGACCCAAGGCGGCUGCCUCGGUCCGGAUGUCCAACGCGAUGGCCGCUGCCAAACAGGCCGAGGAGGCCGAGCGGGCGAGAAAGGAACGCGAAGAGGCAGCUCGCAAGCAGACCGAGACAAACACCAUCUCGACCAACGACGUGGACGCACUCUUCGACGACGAUGACGACAACGCGUCGGAUAUCACGGAGGCCAUGGCAGGUGCGUCACUGGCAGAGCGUCCCACUCAGAGCGUCCCUGGGUCACCCACCCGCUCGUCCACCGCGGGCACCCUGCACCGCACCAAGUCGGACUCGAAGGUACCAACCGUGGAGGCUCCUGAGAACCGCCUGACCAACAAGGAGAAGUACCUCAACCUCUUCAAGUUGCGAGAGGAAGGAGGCGAGUACAUCCAGGAUGUGACGGAAAUGACUCGGGUCCCCAUCAUUUUGAAGACAGACCUCAGCAAGAGCCCACCAUGCCUGACCAUCCGCUCUCUCAACCCUUACGCCUUGUAA